AUGGAGAGGCGGGCGGCCUGGGAGCCGCAGGGCGCCGAUGCGCUGCGGCGCUUCCAAGGACUGCUGCUGGACCGCCGCGGUCGGCUGCACGGCGAGGUGCUGCGCCUGCGCGAAGUGGCCAGGAGGCUCGAGCGUCUACGCAAGCGCUCCCUGGCGGCCAACGUGGCUGGCAGCUCCCUGAGCGCCGCGGGCGCCGUGGCCGCCAUCGUGGGGUUGUCACUCAGCCCGGUCACCCUGGGGGCCUCGCUCGUGGCGUCGGCCGUGGGCCUGGGGGUGGCCACGGCCGGAGGGGCAGUCACCGUCACGUCCGACCUCUCUCUGAUCUUGUGCAAUUCCCGGGAGGUGAGGAGGGUGCAGGAGAUCGCCGCCACCUGCCAGGACCAGAUGCGCGAGCUCCUGAGCUGCCUGGAGUUCUUCUGUCGGUGGCAGGGCCGCGAGGACCGCCAGCUGCUGCAGAGCGGGAGGGACGCCUCCAUGGCCCUUUACAACUCCGUCUACUUCAUCGUCUUCUUCGGCUCGCGUGGCUUCCUCAUCCCCAGGCGCGCCGAGGGCGCCACCAAAGUCAGCCAGGCCGUGCUGAAGGCCAAGAUCCAGAAACUGUCGGAGAGCCUGGAAUCCUGCACCGGCGCCCUGGAUGAACUUUGUGAGCGGCUGGAGUCUCGGGUCCGGCUCUGCACCAAGGCCGGCCGUGGCCACGACUUGAGGAUCUCUGCUGGGCAGGAUGCAGCGUUGCUUUUCUAAGAGCAUCCUGUAACUGUAUUCUGGAUUCGUAGCAUCCACAGAGAAAUGCCACAUGGGUGGAGGGCAAAGGCUGACAAACUGUUUUUGUGGGGCGUUGUGUGAGAAAGACUUUUUCACUUGUGUAAUCCCAAUUGAGUAUGUGACCCUAAACACUCACUUUGGGGCGUGGGGAGUAGUGUCAAAAAAACCUUUUUGGUUGCACACAGCCGGGCAGACUCUUUAGGGUUAUUGAUGGUUUGAGCUGGGUUCUGGAGAGGUGUCUCCCUCUGGGACCUCGUUAAGUUCUUACUAGAAUCCCGAGGUUUUCAAAUGUUGGCGAGAGGAGAGUUUUACAUUUCAACUUUGCUUCUGCAGUUUCUGUUACACAACUCCAGAAUCCAGAACAAGAAAGACCGUUCUGGUCGUUGUCGGAGUUGUACACCUACACUGGGCCGAGGAGCCGGCUCACUCGGGUCUUCCCAGCCCAGUCAGACCCCACUCACAGACAGACCCAACCUGGCUUUUCCAGAAUGGGCUUCAAACCUACGCCUCCAGGUACUCUGAGAGGUAAAGCCCCCCGAAGAGUCACUUGAAUUCCAAUAUCCACACCCUCCACUUCUAUACAAAAAGCUGAAGGGGGAAAGGAGGACGUCCCUAACAAUUUCAGUGACUGACAUGGCAGGCAUAGGGGAGUGGGCCAGGGCAAUUGAGUCAAGCCGUCCUGGAUCUAUCACAGGCUUCCGCUGGUACCCUGUGACUCACUCACCUUGCUGAGGCUUGACUUCUUGUUCAGUGAGACAGAUGGCGGUAAGCGCUCAGCCUGUUGCAAAGCUCUGAGACAAGAAGGACAAGCUUGGAGUCUAGCUCAGGAAAUGUAGUUCCUGGCCUGGCUCCUGACUGCCCAUCACUUGGGGGCUUGCUGGAAAGGUCAACUGUUAGGCCGGGUCCCAGAUUUAUGAACUCAGAACCUGUAGCUGUGAGGCCUGCCAUCGGCUGAUUCUGACGCCCCGUAAGGUUUGAAAACGGCAGCAAAUGUUCAUCUCCAGCCAGGUGUGGUGGGACACACCAGUAAGCCCAGCACUUGGAGGUGAAGACGGGGACCAAGAGUUCAGGGCCAUUCUUGGCUACGUAGUAAACUCAAGGUCACUCAGGAUUGUGAAGCCCUGGUCUCCAAAACCAAAAGAAAUUAACUUCUGGCUCCCUUCAGUUGUUCAAAGUUGUUCAGUUGUGGCCUUCAGAGUCACUGACAGGAAGUCCAGGACAGACUGCCUCAGAAAUCAAAGACUGUGCUGUGUGCUGUCAAGCCAUUUACUCUGUCCCCUAAGAACUAGGGACAAACACCACUUGCCCUGUAGAAGGCAGUGUUGCCCGAUCCGUGGAGGAACUGGUGCAGAAAGGAAUGUGAACAUACCAGGAAAAAAAAAAAAUCUUCCUCCAUUCUCUGAAAACUCUGACAACAUAUCUUUAUUUAUUUAAAAUGA